CUCUCUCUCUCUCUCUCUCUCUCUCUCUCUCUCUCUCCCCGUCUCUUCCCCGCUCCCUCUUUUUCUCCUCCCUCUGCCUUCCCGGUGCAUAAAGUCUCCGUCGCUCCCGGAACUUGUUGGCAAUGCCUAUGUUUCAGCUUUCCCCCGCGUUCUCUAAACUAACUAUUUAAAGGUCUGCGGUCGCAAAUGGUUUGACUAAACGUAGGAUGGGACUUAAGUUGAACGGCAGAUACAUUUCACUGAUCCUCGCGGUGCAAAUAGCGUACCUGGUGCAGGCCGUGAGAGCAGCGGGCAAGUGCGAUGCGGUCUUUAAGGGCUUUUCGGACUGUUUGCUCAAGCUGGGCGACAGCAUGGCCAACUACCCGCAGGGCCUGGACGACAAGACGAACAUCAAGACCGUGUGCACAUACUGGGAGGAUUUCCACAGCUGCACGGUCACAGCCCUUACGGAUUGCCAGGAAGGGGCGAAAGAUCUGUGGGAUAAACUGAGAAAAGAAUCCAAAAACCUCAACAUCCAAGGCAGCUUAUUCGAACUCUGCGGCAGCGGCAACGGGGCGGCGGGGUCCCUGCUCCCGGCGCUCGCAGUGCUGCUGGUGGCCCUCUCGGCAGCUCUGGCGACCUGGCUUUCCUUCUGAGCGCGGCGCCGGCUGCCCCCCGCGCCCACCCGCACUCACCCCCGUGCUCCCGGAAACCGAGAGGAAGAUCCAUUCGUUCUUUGGGGACCUCGUGAUUCUCUGUGAUGCUGAAAACAUUCAUAUAGGAUUGUGGGAAAUCCUGACACUCUCUUUCAUUUCGUUUGAUUUCUUGUGUUUCAUUUGCCAAAUGUUACCAAUCAGUGAGCGAGCGAGCACAGCCAAAAUCGGACCUCAGCUUUAGUCGUCUUCACACAAAAAUAAGAAAACGGCAAACCCACCCCAUGUUUUUUUUUUUUUUUUUAAUUUUUAUUUGUCAAAAGAAUCUCAGGAACGGCCCUGGGCCACCUACUAUAUUAAUCAUGUUAAUACAUGAAAAAUGAUGGGCCCCUCCCUAUAGGAAAGUGAGGAGAGGAGAAGGCGGGGGAAUGGAUUCGGGAGAGAUGUCCACGGGGGAAGCAUAUGGUGAAUAAUUCACGCUCACGUCUUUCUUCCACACUAUCUUGUUUUGAUCAUUUCCACUGCACAUUUCUCCUCAAGAAAAGCAAAAAGACAGAUUGUUGGCUUCGUGUCUUACGGAUAGGAGUGGGAGGGGAGAGAGGUCGAGGGACUUUCUGGUAUAAAGGCAAAGGCUGCCAGAAGAAAAUGCUGCUAAGGUCACUGAGGGGUUAGCUUUACCUGCUGUUGUCCGUGCAUCUUUCCACGUCCACUGCCUUUAUUUUCCCCCCUCUCUCUUGUUUUAGCUGUUACACAUACAGUAAUACCUGAGUAUCCAACGGUAUAGAUCACAAAGGGGGGUGAUGUUAAUGUUAAUCUAAAAUAUAGUUAAAAAAACGAUUUUGACAUAAAAGAGCCUUGAUUUUAAAAAGAGAGAUGUAAUUUAAAAAGUUUAUUAUAAAUUAAAUUCAGCAAAAAAAGAUUUGCUACAAAGUAUAGAGAAGUAUAAAAUAAAAGUUAUUGUUUGAAA